AUGUCAGAUUUCCGAAACUGGGUUAACUCAUUACCAAUAUUCACGAGAUAUUGGUUAAUGCUGACUAUUGGCUUAUCAUUAAUUGGAAGAUUUGGACUUGUCUCGUCGCAAUUGUUGACAUUACGCUAUGAUAAUCUGAUCCAUAAUUUUGAAAUUUGGAGAGUAGUUACUAGUUUGUUUUAUUAUCCAUUACGUCAAGGUACAGGAUUUCAUUUUAUGAUUAAUUGUUUUUUCCUCUACCGAUAUUCAUUAAAACUUGAACAAGAGGAAUUUAUUGGAAGGCCGGCUGACUAUUUUUUUAUGCUCAUCUUCAAUUGGAUGUGUUGCGUUGUGAUUGGUUUAAUUGUAAAUCUUCCUUUGUUAAUGGACCCCAUGGUAAUCAGCGUUUUAUAUGUUUGGUGUCAACUUAAUCAGAAUGUUAUCGUCAAUUUUUGGUUUGGUUCAAGAUUUAAAGCAAUGUACUUACCUUGGGUUUUAUGCGGAUUUAAUCUGAUUCUAUCCGGUAAUGGAAUAUUGGAGCUUAUAGGAAUUUUAGUGGGGAAUCUUUACUUUUUCCUUAAGUUUAAAUAUCCACAAGAGUAUGAUGGUCCAGAAUUGUUAAAUACACCAAAAAUUUUAGAAAAAUACUUCCCAGUACAAAGAGUAAACAUAGGAGGGUUCUCUGAUAAUAAUGUAAAUAACCGGGCUCAACUACAAUUAAAUAGGCAUAUUUUUGGUGGUCACAAUUGGGGUCGAGGUCAUGUUUUAGGACAGUAA